AUGGGGAAGGAGGCCGCGACGACGACCAAAAAAAGAGCUGCUCACGUCGUGCUUCUCGCGAGCCCCGGCACGGGCCACCUCCUGCCCGUGGCCGAGCUCGCGCGCCGCAUCGUCGCUCACGGCGGCGGUGCCGAGUACACGGCCACGCUCGUCACGUACACCAACUUCUCGUCGGCCUUCCUCUACUCCACGCUGGCCUCCCUCCCGCCGUCCGUCUCCACCGCCGUGCUCCCCCAGGUGCCGCUGGGUGACCUCCCCGCGGACGCCCGCGUGGAGACCCGCAUCUUCACCGUCGUCAAGCGCGCACUCCCACAGCUCCGGGACCUCCUCCGCUCCCUGCUCGAGUCGCCGUCCGGCGUGGCCGCGUUCGUCGCGGACCUCCUCAGCCCAUGGGCGCUCCAGGUCGCCGUGGAGCUGGGCGUCCCGCGCUACCUGUUCUGCACGACCAAUCUCAUGGCUCUGUCCUGCAUGCUCCACGUCCCCGAACUCGACAGGACCACCACCUGCGAGUUCCGCGACCUCCCGGAGCCCGUCCACCUGCCGGGGUGCGUGCCGCUGCGCGGCGCCGACCUCCUGGACCCCAUCCAAAACCGCAGCGACCCUGCGUACCGGCUCAUGGUCGAGCUUGGGGAGAAUCAGCGUCUAGCCCAGGGCUUCAUCGUCAACACCUUCGACGCCAUGGAGCACGAGACUCUGGUGGCGUUCAAAGAGCUUUCCGACAAGGGCGUGUAUCCUCCGGCGUACGCGGUGGGCCCCUUCGUCCGGCCGUGUUCCGGUUCCGGCGGAGAGGCCGACAAGCACGGCUGCGUACGGUGGCUGGACGAGCAGCCGGACGCGUCCGUCUUGUACGUGUGCCUUGGCAGCGGCGGCACGCUGUCCAACAAGCAGACGACUGAGCUGGCCGCCGGUCUCGAGGCGAGCGGGCAGAGGUUUCUGAUGGUGGUGCGGUUCCCGAGCGACAAGGACUGCAGCGCGAGCUACUUUGGGACGGCGGAACACGGCGACGACCCGCUGAGGUACCUGCCGGAGGGGUUCGUCGAGAGGACCAGAGGCGUCGGGUUCUGUGUGCCGCUGUGGGCGCCGCAGGUGGAGAUCCUGAACCAUCGCUCCGUCGGCGGGUUCCUGUCCCACUGCGGGUGGAACUCGACGCUUGAGGCCGUGACCGCGGGCGUGCCGACGCUCGCGUGGCCGCUGUAUGCCGAGCAGAGGAUGAACGACGUGAUGCUGUCGGAGCGCGCGGGGCUGGCGCUGCGGCCGAGCAAGGGCAGCAUCAGGGACGACGGGAUAGUGCCGCGGGAGGAGGUAGCGGCCGUGGCAAGGGAGCUGAUUGCGGGGCACAAGGGCGCCGCGGCGCGGGAGAAGGCGCGUGAGCUCCAGAAGACCGCCGCGAAGGCCUGGGCGCCGGACGGGCCGUCGCGCAGGGCGUUCAAGGCCGUCGUCGCUAAGUGGAAAGAACAUGAGCUGCCAUUAGCUUGCUCGGCUGAGGCUGCUGAACGCUGA